CGGCAGCUGAGGUGUCAACCAAAGAAGGCCAGUCCUGUUCCAUCCUUCAACCAGACACGACCUGCCCGAAUAGACUGCUUUGGACCAUACAAGGUCAAGACAGGCCGCAGAUCGGAGAAAAGGUGGGGAAUAAUAUUCAAAUGUCUCACCACUCGGUGUAUACAUCUUGACCUCCUAAACAGUAUGGAUACAGACUCCUUCCUCAUGGCCCUCCAACGAUUCAUUUCUCGACGAGGAACACCCCUGGAAAUUAUAUGUGAUCAAGGAACUAACUUCAAAGGAGGAGAUAAGGAACUACGGGCAGCUUUUAACAACCUUGCUCCGACUCUACAGCCGGUCCUGAUGACUAAAAGAAUCCAUUUCAAAUUCAAUCCCCCGCAUGCACCCCAUUUCGGUGGAGCCUGGGAGAGGGAGAUACAUUCUGUGAAGAAUGCUCUGAAGAGAACCAUUGGUGCACAGAUGGUCACUGAAGAGGUCUUAAGAACAGUCCUAAUUGAGAUUGAAGGCAUUCUUAACUCAAAACCCCUAGGCUAUGUAUCCUCAGACAUUGCGGACAUUGACCCCGUAACCCCAAACCUUCUCCUUAUGGGCCGACAUGAUUCAUCACUCCCCCUGGUAUCCUAUUCUGAUUCUGACCUCCUAGGCCGACGACGAUGGCGACAUGCACAAAUAUUGGCAGAUCACUUCUGGCGACACUUCAUAAGAGACUAUCUACCAUCCCUCCAAAGAAGACCCAAAUGGCAGAAGGAAAAACCAGAUCUCACAUUGAACUCUGUCGUCAUGAUUAUGGAUUCACACCUUCCACGAGCCCUUUGGCCUGUAGGAAGAGUGACACGCUUGCUGAAAAGCCCAGAUGACCACAUCAGAACUGUGGAGGUCUUAGUACAGGAUAAAACCUAUAUCCGCCCUGUCUCCUGUCUGAUCCCCCUGCCCUCGCUUCCUGACGAAGACUGAUCCUGAUCAUAUCAACAUAUUUCUCACUAGAAAUAUGGGGGCGGCUGUUGUAGAGACCCACCUUUUAGCACAUCCCAGCACACCCACUCACUUCACCAGAUGCACCUUGUUUAGUUCUCUCACCUUUGAUUGGGUGUGGUGCUUGUCCUUGAUUGCACUCACCUGUCACACAUUAUAUGUCACACAGUAUAUAAGGACUGCAUUCACUUUUGGCUCACUCUUUCCGCACUUCCACACGGGGCGGCAGCUGAGGUGAGGUUCUGUUUGGGUUUUUA